AUGUUCGUCGUGGCACUUCUCACUCUCGCCCUCCCCUUGUCUGCCCUGGCUGGAAGACAUGGGGAGCAUCUCGGUCGCCGACGCCAUUCUCAUAUCGCUGCUCGUAAUACUUCUAAUAUCUCAAGGCGUCAAGGGGGAGCAGCGAUGAAGCUGGUCGAUAUGUAUCAAGGAGAGGAUUUCUUCAAUGAUUGGAACUUCUUUACACAUGCCGACCCCACACACGGCUCCGUUCAAUUCCAAGGCCUCGAAGAUGCCAAAGCCAAGAAUCUAGCUUUCGUCCAGGACGACGGAACCACUGUACUUGCUGUCGAUGAUAAGACCCAUCUACCCAUUGGCACCAACCGUGCUUCUGUGAGGAUCGAAUCUAAGAAGACCUACAACGAGGGGUUGUUUAUCGCGGACUUCUUCGCCAUGCCUCAUGGAUGCAGCGUCUGGCCAGCUUGGUGGACCGUUGGCCCGAACUGGCCCUCCGGAGGCGAAAUUGACGUGUUGGAAGGAGUUCAUAAUUCGCCCACCAAUCACUACACCCUCCACACAUCUCCUGGCUGCACCUUAUCUACGAACAACCCAGGGAAUACCUUCUUUGAAGCCUCCAUCGUCAAUACGGAGUGUGCUUCGAGUGGGGAUAACAAUGCUGGAUGCGGACUCCGCGACACUGAUGCACGCUCCUACGGCGAGGGCUUCAACAGGGCAGGAGGCGGCGUGUUUGCCCACAUGUGGGGAAGCGACGGUAUCAAGAUCUGGCACUUCGCUCGAAACGAGAUCCCUCAGGAUAUCAAGGAUAACAAACCUAAGCCCAGCACUUGGCCAACGCCCUCUGCUUUCUUCGCCAGCGAUACGUGCGACGUCAACAAGCACUUCCACGAUCAUACGCUUGUCAUCGACACCACCCUCUGUGGCGACCUUGGCAACCCGACCUACUCAAGCUCUGGUUGCCCCGGGUCUUGCGCCGAAGCCGUUGCUGAUCCCAACAACUUUAUCUUCGCCAAAUGGAAGAUUAACUAUAUCGCAGUCUAUCAGUGA